UCGAGUGCGGUAAGAACACUAUACUUAAUGCCAACUUGUUUCUGUCUUAUGCAAUUCUGCGGAAGAUACAUACAUGUAAUUCAAAGAACUUGCCGUGUGUAGCUUGUGUAGUUGAUUAUACCGUAUAGCUGGAGAACAGGUGCAACAUUAUUCAAUUAACGAUAACGCACUUGAUGCGAAUGAAGUGAUGAAGUGAAGUUAUAUGGAAUUUUAUAACGAUAAAUGAUUAGUGAAUUAUGUUAACGAGUGUGAAGACAUAGACUGUUACAGGCUGCCAAAUAAAAAGGAUUAUUAGUGGAAAUAGCACCGUUUUAACGUUUCAUUGAAUUUGAAUCAAUAUUAGUACUUUGCAUGCAGAGGCAUAAGAAGACACCGUGGAAAUGUAUUGUGUACAAAAACUAGCACUUAUUUUGUCAACGGUUAUUAUCGGGACCCUUGCUCAAGAUUACGAUGUUAGCGAAAUUCAAUGCACAUUCUCAUCACAAGGCUCCACUGAGGAUUCAAUAACAGCAAUUCUAAGAAAGCCGUCUGGCUUCAAAGGCUCACCCCUUUUCGCAGAUGAUCGAACAGUUAAUCCGGAAAUUGAUCGAACAUGUUCCAUCGAAAAAGAUCGAAGCGAUCCAUCGGAACAGCUGUUCAAUUUGAAGAUUCUCGAUUUUACGAAAUGUGGAGUACUGAAACGAAAUGGUUUUGUGCACGUACGCAUUUGGUUUCCACAGUUUCCAGGCGUUGUGAUGCAAUCCGAUCAAGAAUUGAUUAUAAUGUGCAAGCCACCAGAACCAACCAUAAUUCAAAAUAAAGCAGCCGGUUUCGCCGGAAGUUUUCCGCAUGGGGCACGGGUUUCUGGAGUGGUGGAAGAAACGCCUGGUCGUUUGGAGUAUGAAGUUGCCUUAUACAAAGAAGCUCCUCCAUCAGCUUCAACAGUAAACGGAAAUCCAAUUUUGGGUCUUCCGCACCAUUUAAAAAACCAAUCAAAUCAAAUAAAUGAAUUGCCGUUAGACCAAGCAGUUCCCAUUGGCACAAAAUUACAGCUACGCGCAAGAAUCAGCCAUCAAAGUGUUUGGAAGUACGUUAAAUUAAUGGAAGUAACGGUAUCUCCAGACGCAGAUAAUCCCCACGCUCUAGGUUCAGUGUCCUUGGUGAGGGAUGGGUGUCGGAACAGAGAUUUCUCAACAAUAAUUCCACAUCAGCCAGCUCGAUAUCGCGAAAGGCCAAACGAAGUAUUUUUGGACUUUGAAGCAUUCUUGUUGAGCUCAAUGAAAGAACGGAGUACGUUAUGGAUCCAUUCACAGAUAAAAGCAUGCAUGGAAUCUGCGGACUGUCAACCAGAUUUCUGUCUAGAUUUAUACGAACCAUCGGGUCAUGGUCGAAGAAGAAGGGACCUGUCGAAUAGCAGCUUAACGGAGUAUACAAAAUUCAAAGAGAACAUUGAGUAUACCGUUAUUAUGCCUGGAGACUACAGUACAUUGGACGCGAAUUCCGAGCAGUGUAAACAUUUUGUACUCAUUUCGCUGCUGCUUGCAGUACUACUGGCCUUUGCAACUAUUUUGGCCUGCACUUUGGUAUUUAAGAUACAGUCUAUCCAGCAUAAGACCAUCAACGAUCUGAAAAUAUCACCGAAUGGCUACUCGGGCAGGGCUACAGUGCAAUAAUAAAAGUUUUUUUAGUUUUUUUUUUAAACAAAUAGAAAUCAAGCCGUAAGUUUUAUAGGAAAGUGAUGCAUUUGAUUUAAAGGCUCUUUAUAGCUAUGUA